AUGUCGGGAGUGGUGAGGCUGCUGGGCCUUGGGCGUGAAAAAUUGACCUCGGCAAAGGCUGUGGGGCUAGGCUCUUGGGUUUCGAUGUCUGAAAGUUCUGAUAGAGAAAGUCAUGAACCCCCUGCUUUUGGUGGGGAAGAUACUGAGAGUGAGGAGCCCAGCCAAUAUGUUUGUUCUGAAGAUGAGAGUUCUCAGACAGAGGGUGUGGUAGAAGGUAUGAUAGAAAGUAGGAUAGUAGUGCAUGAGGGUGUGAGAGGUGAGCCAUCAGUAGACUCUGGGUCAGCUACAUAUAAAGAGAUGUAG